AUGACCUUGGAGGUUGUUGUGGUACUGCUCUACCCUUGGAGAGACAGCUGCUUCGCGCUGUUCACUUCUAUCAAGUCGAAGGUUGGUUGGUGGAUGGACGUGUUCAUUGAGGAUAUCGGUUCUUUCGUUGCGUUUCCGAGAAUCUUCCAUAAUCUCUUCGAAAUUGUCGAAGUGAAAAAGUCCAGGGCUUGGCAGAUUGAGAGGCAGGAGAGUGCCAGAACCAAUAAUAAGGAUCAACUGGUCAGGACGUAUAAUUUGGGUUCAAAGGCUGAACUUCAUAAAUUUGAAAUGACAAUGUUAUUUAUUGCUCACAAAUUUUCAAACAUGCACUCAAACGAGCCAUGA